AUGAUCUUUACAUCCACUCAAUCGAAAAUUACAGUACCUGAGCACCUCACGACAUGGGAUUGGCUUUUUGAGGCCCCAUUUUCUUCUUUACCCGAGAAGACUUCCUCGGGCCUCGCAGGCUUCACAAAUGCGGCAACAAAGGAACGUAUUGACUAUGGCCAAGUCAAAGAGUAUGCGACAUUCAUUUCUACUGCAUUGACUCGGAACCUUGGCCUCGUUGCUGGUGACACCGUAGCGCUCUUCAGUCCAAACACUGUUUGGUAUCCGAUCGCAAUGUUUGCAACAAACCGUUUCGGAGGCAUAAUUUCAGGCGCAUCGCCGGCCUACAAUGUUGAAGAGAUGACGUACGCAUUAGAGAAGUCCAAGGCAAAAGUUCUUAUGACAGCUAUUUCCGCCCUUCCAGUUGCCAUACCAGCUGCAAAGAAAGCGGGAAUUCCACCAGAGCGCAUCAUCCUUUUGGGUGGGCGCCAAGAUGGAUUUCAUACAAUCCAAGAUCUUGUCACAUUUGGCCGAAAAUUCGGACCCGAUGGUCAGGUUUCAUCUUUCAAGUUAGAAAGUGGCCGGAGCAAUAAACAGCUCUGUGGGUUUCUAAGUUUCAGCAGUGGGACAACAGGCCUUCCUAAAGCUGUCAUGAUAUCCCAUCAUAAUGUGAUUGCGCAAUGUCUACAGGUCACCCAACUCACUCCUGAAGAACACAAAAAGGUCUUGGCCGUUUUACCGCUGUUUCAUAUAACGGGACUUGUCCAUCAAAUGCAUUUGCCUGUUCUUCGAAAUGCUGAUGUGUACAUGCUCCCGGCAUUUACUAUGGCGACGAUGCUUGAUGCAGUCGUCGAGUACCAGAUUUCUGAGCUACUUCUUGUUCCACCAAUAAUUAUUCGCCUUCUUCGUGACCCAAUUGUCAAGAAUUACGAUCUGUCGCAUGUCCGCAGAUUCUCCUCCGGUGCUGCUCCACUUUCGGCAGAGGUCCUUCAAGAACUCCAACGUCGCUUCCCACAGACCGGAUUUAAGCAAGGAUACGGCAUGACAGAGUCAUGUAGCUGUAUCACCGCCCAUCCCGUGGAAAAAUCUACUUACGAUUAUGCCCACCGGGUUGGAGCUAUUGUUGCUAAUACUGAAGUUAAGAUCGUGGAUCCUGACACGGAACGUGAGCUUGGAUACAAUGAGCCCGGCGAAAUCCUUGCACGAGGUCCCCAAAUAGUCAUGGGGUAUUUGGACAACGACAAAGCAACAAGUGAGACCUUUGACCUUGACGGUUGGUUGCAUACCGGAGACGUGGGUUACAUUGAUCGCGAAGGUUUUAUUACCAUAACAGAUCGGAUUAAAGAAAUGAUCAAGGUCAAGGGCAUUGCAGUCGCUCCGGCCGAGCUGGAAGACCUGCUCCUAGGACAUCCAAUCAUUGAGGAUGUGGCCGUUGGUAGUAUACCAGAUGACUACGCAGGUCAGCGUCCAAAGGCGUAUGUUGUCUUGAAGCCCGACAUUCUGCAUAAUAGUGACUCGGAGACUGUCCUUUCAUUGCUGCAUAACCUGAUCCAAUACGUUCAGGAUAACAAAGCUCGGUUCAAAUGGAUAAAGGAAGUCGAGUUGAUCGAAGAAGUUCCAAAGAGCGCCAGCGGGAAAAUAAUUCGUCGGGUUUUACGUCAACACGAGCAGCGAACGGGUAUAAAUAAGGGAGCAGUGAUUGCCAGGGAAAAGGGACGCUCGAAAUUAUAA